AUGUUUCAGGAGCAAUGCGUGACGUUUGGCAACAAGACACUGACCAUCGUGAAGCCGGUCAGCAGCUGCCGCUAUCGCAGCGUCGCGCACAACUCGGGCGUCGACGAUUUUCAGCCAAAAUACGGGCCGUGGCUGGUUAUUAAAGGAGCUGCCUCUGAUCCCAUUGAAGAUGAAUUUGUGCAGGUCGAAUGCUACAAACAAACUUUUGGCAUGGAGAGAUGCAUCUACAGGAACACAUUUUUCCAAGUGGUACCAAGGGAGACGAGUUCGGAAACUGGAAAACCGUUUCCCAAAGAUGCCAAAGACCGGCCGAGUGUCUUGUUUCUCGGCAUCGAUGGCGUGUCGCGAAGUAAUUUCAUACGUCAAUUACCUCAGACAAUGGAAGUGAUGGAGCGUCAGGGGUUCGUAACCUUGGAUGACUACGCAAAAUUGGGCGACAAUAGCUUUCCCAAUCUUUGCGCCAUACUGCUCGGCAAGCGCGGAUACGAUGCAGCGGAUUUCCCCAGUGAAGUACCAACCGAAUGGGGCAUUAAUUACGACAACUGGACGGAUUUCGUGUGGCGUAGAUUCGGUCGGGCCGGCUACGCGACAAUGUUCUCCGAGGAUCGCCCCGAAUGGAGCACGUUCAGCUAUAAGAAGCACAGCCAUGGAUUCGUGAAACGACCGCCCACCGAUCAUUACCAGAGGCCAUACUUCACGACCCUCUACGACUCGAAAGAAAUGCUACAGAGCACGCCGCAAUGCUUCGACAGGUCGCCGCUCCACAAUCUGCAGUUGGACUACGUCAAGGAAUUCCUGACAGCGUACCACAGCCGUCGCAUACCGACUUUUACGUUUUUCUGGAACGUCGAUCUGGCACAUGAAUAUCUGAAUACCCUGAAAGUGGCGGACAGCGAUUUGGCGGGUUUUCUGCAGGACAACCAGGAACUACUCGAGAACACGAUAGUCCUCAUGAUAUCUGACCAUG